GCCAGUGUAACCACAAGGGGCUUUAUAAAGAGGGAGGCAGAGGCUCUGAGUGAGAAGAGUAGCUGGGCGGAUGCAAGCCGAGGUCAAAUGGUGCCUUGGCUGGAGUGGGGCCAGAAGACUGUGGGGAGCCUCUAGAAUCUGGGGAAGGUCCCCCAAUGAGGCUAGAAGUUAGUUGUACCAAAAGUUGGGGCUCUGUGUGUUGAAAACAAACUUAGACUACAAGACUCCCUGGUCAUGGAUAGAACAAGCAAGCUCAAAAAAUUUCUCUUACAUCCAAUUCUCACAACAUCUGGUUAUAUUUCCUCUGUAACUCAUCCAGAAUGAAACUGAUUUCAGCCAUGACAACUUAAGAGUUUGAAGAGGCCUCAGAAACCGUCCUGGAGAAGGAAACAGCAACCCAUUCCAGUAUCCUUGCCUGGGAUUUCACGGACAAAGGAAUCUGGCGGGCUACAUUCCAGGCGGGGGAGGGUGUCGCAAAAGGGUCAGAGGGGACUGAGCAACCAAAUAACACUAGGAACCUUCCAGUCUCAUUUCCUCCUUUUCCAGGCUGUGGAAAGAGGUCGAGGACAAUUAAGUGGAGGCUGCGAGCCCCGCCUCGCUUCCUCCCCGCAAUUGCCCGGUGGCUCGGCAGGAGGGCGGUGUGCUGCUGCGUCAUCGCCAGGGGCCGGUUUGAAUGAGUUUCUUGUCGCACCGUGUCUGCCGCAACUACCACCACCACCACCACCACCGCCGCGCCUCCGCCUCGGCCGCUACCGCACCUCCUAAGCGGCCCCUUCCCUUCGCCGUCCUCGCCAGGCCUGGCCUUCCCGCGCCCCGCCAUGCCGCUCUACUCCGUUACUGUGAAAUGGGGAAAGGAGAAAUUUGAAGGUGUAGAAUUGAAUACUGAUGAACCUCCGAUGGUGUUCAAGGCUCAGCUUUUUGCACUGACUGGAGUCCAGCCGGCCAGACAGAAAGUUAUGGUGAAAGGAGGAACACUGAAGGAUGAUGAUUGGGGGAACAUCAAAAUGAAAAAUGGAAUGACUGUACUAAUGAUGGGGUCAGCAGAUGCUCUUCCUGAGGAACCCUCAGCUAAAACUGUCUUUGUAGAAGACAUGACAGAAGAACAGUUAGCAUCUGCUAUGGAGUUACCAUGUGGAUUGACAAACCUGGGUAAUACUUGUUACAUGAAUGCCACAGUUCAGUGUAUUCGUUCUGUGCCUGAACUCAAAGAUGCCCUUAAAAGGUAUGCAGGCGCCUUGAGAGCUUCAGGAGAGAUGGCGUCUGCACAGUAUAUUACUGCAGCCCUUAGAGAUUUGUUUGACUCCAUGGAUAAAACUUCUUCUAGUAUUCCACCAAUUAUUCUACUGCAAUUUUUGCACAUGGCUUUUCCACAGUUUGCAGAGAAGGGCGAACAAGGACAGUAUCUUCAGCAGGAUGCUAAUGAGUGUUGGGUACAAAUGAUGCGAGUAUUACAGCAGAAAUUGGAAGCUAUAGAGGAUGAUACUGUUAAAGAGACAGAUUCUUCAUCUGCAUCAGCAGUGACACCUUCUAAAAAGAAAAGUUUAAUUGAUCAGUUCUUUGGAGUUGAAUUUGAGACGACCAUGAAAUGUACAGAAUCUGAAGAAGAAGAAGUCACUAAAGGAAAGGAAAGUCAGCUUCAGCUUAGCUGUUUCAUCAAUCAAGAAGUCAAGUAUCUUUUUACAGGACUUAAGUUGCGACUUCAGGAAGAAAUCACCAAACAGUCUCCAACAUUGCAAAGAAAUGCUUUGUACAUCAAAUCUUCAAAGAUCAGCCGGUUACCUGCUUACUUAACUAUUCAGAUGGUUCGAUUUUUUUACAAAGAGAAGGAAUCUGUGAAUGCUAAAGUUCUUAAGGAUGUGAAAUUUCCUCUUAUGUUGGAUGUGUAUGAACUAUGUACACCAGAACUUCAAGAGAAAAUGGUUUCUUUUCGAUCAAAAUUCAAGGAUCUAGAGGAUAAAAAAGUAAAUCAGCAGCCAAAGACAGGUGACAAAGACAGUAGUCCCCAAAAAGAAGUUAAGUAUGAGCCCUUUUCUUUUGCUGAUGACAUUGGCUCCAAUAAUUGCGGAUACUAUGAUUUACAAGCAGUGCUAACGCAUCAGGGAAGGUCUAGCUCUUCAGGCCAUUAUGUAUCAUGGGUGAAAAGAAAACAAGAUGAAUGGAUCAAGUUUGAUGACGAUAAGGUCAGCAUUGUGACACCAGAGGAUAUCUUACGACUUUCCGGUGGUGGAGACUGGCACAUAGCUUAUGUUCUACUCUACGGGCCUCGCAGAGUGGAAAUAAUGGAAGAGGAAAGUGAACAGUAAUCUUCAUUUUAGCUAUUUAUGCUUAGGUGUGAAAUAAAUGUUAUUUGUUGAUCAUUUCUAUAACCCAGAGCUUUGGAGGAAGAUGUUUAGGUGGUUUUAUGUGUUUCCCCUCAUGUGGAACAAGAGAGGGCAGAAGCAGACCACUCUGUGUUAUCAACCUAAGAAAUUACAGAAAAGAGAAAAUUGCCUUUGGACUGUGCUGCCCUGUGUAAAGGUGGCCAGGAAGAACUUUUUAAAAAGCUUAUUGCUUGGAUUAAUUUUUAAAAAUUAUGAGUUGAAAUGCCUUUCAACCAUUAUUACCUUCUGUGAUAAUUUUUCUCCCUGUCUUUUUCAGCCCAAGAUUCAGCAAUCAGAUGUUUAUUGCACACCUAUUACUCUAUUAUUUGUUGUUCUUGCAUGGUUCAAACCACCAGUGAUUCAGUAGCUGCCCAUCCUUUGCCUUAUCUAACACAAAUGUUGCCAGGAAGGUGGAAAGGAAGUAAGUUUGAUCUCAUUGUGUAACUCAGUGCUGCGUCCCCACCCCCAUGGAAACAUGGGUACAAUCAAGUAUUUGUCCAGCCUGACUGUUGCUGGCUUUUCAUGACUUUAAAAUAAAUUGUGAUCAAAUAAUAGUA